AUGAAGAUGGAGGAGACAGCUGCUGCUUCCAUUUCCGACCCAAACUCGGAGUUUGCGAUCAAAUAUCCUAAUGGUCUUUCAUUGUCUGACCUGCUUCCAUUCUAUGAAGAUAUAGCGCAAAACAGGCCUAUUCAACUGGAGUGGAAAUUCCCCGGACGAAUUAAGCGCGCAACUCCCCAAGAGCAAGAAACUAGGAAUGAUGAGACUCUAACUCUCAAACUCUCCCAAGAAAAAGGAUUAAACACAACUGGGAACCGCGAUAACCAGCUCAACUUUGCUGAAUUCGACUUUGACACUGAGCCGUCUGUCGUCGAGACUGCGGCGCUGGUUGCUGCGCAGCGACGCCCGCUAGGUGGUUUUACUCGACCUGUCCGCGAAAGGCGCGUUGCUCGUCUAGACAAAAUUCUGCAGGAGGAUAUGAUGCGUAGGCGGCUCGAAAUGGAACAAGCACAGCAGCUUCGUCAACAUCAGUCAACUGAGAAGCCGGCAACGGACGAACAGGAAUUUGUUUCCGAAAUCGGUGAGCCUCCUCAAGAACAAUCCUCGAUGGAAAUCGAUAGAGGAGUGUGUAACCUCACUUCUUCGAACCUUCCCACGUCAGUCGAUGAAUUGGCCGGAGCUAACGAAGAAGAAUUAAAACCUACGGUGGCCACGUCAAUGGUGAACAGUUGA